AUGGUAAGUAUCAGAAGGAAAGUUCACGAGAAUCCAGAAUUGGGUUAUCAAGAAUUCGAAACAAGUGAAGUGAUAAGAUCAGAAUUGCAUAAAUUGGGCAUCCCUUAUAAACAUCCAGUUGCAAUCACUGGUGUUGUUGCUUUCAUUGGAACUGGAUUCUCUCCUUUUGUUGCUUUAAGAGCUGAUAUGGAUGCUCUUCCCAUGCAGGAAAUGGUCGAGUGGGAGCACAAGAGUAGAGUACCUGGAAAGAUGCAUGCGUGUGGUCAUGAUGCUCAUGUUAGCAUGCUACUUGGUGCAGCAAAGAUUCUCAAACAACAUGAAAAAAAGAUACAAGGAACUGUUGUUCUUGUUUUCCAACCAGCAGAGAAAGGAGGUGGAGGGGCUAAGAAAAUUUUAGACCAAGGAGCAUUAGAAAACGUUACGGCUAUCUUUGGAUUACAUAUUGAUCCGGAAUUACCAAUAGGUGAAGUGGCCUCUAGGGCUGGUCCAAUAAUGGCAGGAAGUGGCUUCUUUGAAGCAAAAAUAAGUGGAAAAGGAGGUCAUGCAGCUAUACCUCAACAGUCUAUAGACCCCAUAUUGGCAACUUCCAAUGUGAUCAUUAGCUUACAACACAUUGUUUCUCGCGAGGCUGAUCCUCUAGACUCCCAAAUAACUAUUGUCAAUUCUUCAUUUUCCCUUAAAAUUAUGAAGCCAAUGAAAACUUGCCCAGGCUUCAUAAUUUUUCUGGCUCUGCCACUAGUUGGAGACAAUUAUGGAGAAGAUCAUAUCCAACAUAAUCAACUAUUUUUUAGAUUAAAUCAAAUCAAAUAUCUAAAGGAUAAAUUCCCGAAUGACAUUCCUAUAUAA